AUGAAUUAUAGAGUUCGAUUGGAUCUCGAUCCAUCCAAAAAUUUUCCAACAAGGAUAGAACGCAGCGAAAAUAAAGAUGGUAAAAUUGAAGGGUAUAACUCUUACAAGUAUACGGUAAAGUAUGAUGGAUCCUUUAAUCUCUCCGCUUUACUAUACAAUGAUGAGCUACUUCCAGGAUUACUAUCUUAUGAUGUCUCCGUAAGGGCUGUUAUAACAUAUUUCAAGGAGAAAGAAAAUAAACCCUUAGUAGUACACUUGGAGAGCAAUACUACACAUACCUACUAUUUUAAUCCGGAUACAAUUUCUGAACCAGGAGAUGUGAUAUUCACAGAAUUCAUAGUUAGUGGAAAGGCACUUGACACUCCAGAACUUGAAAAGGUACUUAAUAACAUAACUCGGCAUAGUGGAUUUAGCAUUACUCAGCUAAAUGCUACUGAUGGUAGCCUUUCCAAGAAACUUCUUGGAGAAAAUGACAUAAUGUUUGAUCUUACUCACCGUCCUAAUGCUAGUUACAUCUCUGAACUUGCUAACGUGAAUGUCAAUGUUUCACGUUAUGGUACGAUAGAUGGUUUAUACCAAGAGGUUAGACAUAGUUCAGAUUACAACCAAUUUAGAGUGCUUGGUAUUAAACUUCCAGGUGGUCAAUACAUGGAAGUUAAGGGAGGUUUUCCAAAUGAUCUAAUCACAGAAUUUAGUGUAUACUACAGGAAUGGUAAUCAUGAUGAUCCCUAUUUAGUUACUCUCAAGAUUUCAUUUGUAGGUAGCAACAUCAUUCCCAGUAGAUACUACUUGACCAAAAGCGAUAAUGAAGGUACUGAACAGUGGGAUAUUAGAAGAGUGAGUCUACAUCUAGACAACAGUGAAAUUCUCCAUAUACUCCGGGAUAUUUCUUUGAAUGGCAAACUUCAACUUCAAGCUCAUGGGGAUGAAAGUAUAAAGAAAAAACUUUAUGAUAUAAGAAACGGAUUGCCUAUUGAUCUGACCCAGACUACAGGGGGAUCUCCAGGACAGACUAAAUACUAUGUUUCAAAAGAUGUAUUAAUCCCUUAUAUGAUAAUGCAAGAUGAGUCGAACAAAUACCGAUUUAUUAGACAUGCAAAUGUGCCAAGUUUUACCUUAAAGAGCGUUAAGACAAAUUCAGGGGAAAUAGACACCAAACAACUUCCUCCCUCAGGUACCUUACUCGGAUCAUUCAAUGUUUACUACAAAAACUUGGAAGACAAAGAUCCCGUCCUCAUAGAACUUGUGUGUAUUUAUAACACAACUAAUACAUUAGCAUAUGCUUAUUACUAUUGCAAAGAAGAGGGUAAAUGGCAAGGCUAUGUUCUCAGUACAACGGUGGAAAACAGUAGAACUGAUAUGCUAAAUGUCAUAAAGCAUGUUAGUAAGAAUGAUAACAAGAUAGUUCCUUCUAAGCUUGGACAAAGUCUAGAGAACAAACUCGUUAAAUAUCCGGAUUCAGUUCCAAAAGUUAUUCUAGAUAUUUCAAAGCCAGAUGGUACUGCGUACACACCAGAGGGUGAUAAUGCUACAGAGUUCAUCAUUCGUAAGAGCCAUGUUGGUUCUAACUUCCACAAGUUUAGACAGAUUGCACAAAAUAGUGUGGGUUUUAGGGUUGAGACUGUUAUACAUGACCAGAGAUCACUUAGUAUAAAAACUUCUUAUUCCAUAACUAGUUUAUCAGCCUACUACUUUGGAAGGAGUCUUUCAUAUGAUGAUCUCAUUCUCGUUCAACUUGGUGAGGAUAAGAAGUACUACCAAUGGAAUGCUGGUGAUAUUUGGAGUACAAUCAAAGAAUCUGGAGAAGUUGAAGAUACCCUUAAAAAAGAGGUAUGUAGGAAGAAAGGCCACAUUUUGGAUAUUUCAAAAACUGACAAUGAAACCUAUCCUUGUCUUGGUUGUGGGAAUACGAUAAAGUUGGAAUCUACUGAAAAUUCUGGAGAUAAGUUUACAAAAUACAAGCAUUAUCUAUCGCCUGGGAAGCUAUCAAUAUCUGGCCUUUUAAAUAAGACUGCUCCCCAGAGUGACCUUCCAUCCGCAAAGGAUCUUUCUGCAGUUUAUGUUUACUGGUACCCAAAUGGUUCAAGCGCCACGCCACUUUUAGUAUUUUAUGAUUGUACUACUGAUACAGAAGAUAAGUGGUUUAAGAAAACUGGGAAUGAUACCUGGCAAGAAGUUACUAGAGAUGAUCCAAAUAAGCCUACUAGUGAAGAAGAGAAGAAAAAGAUUCAGAAACUCCUUUUGGAUUCUAACUCCCCAUUUGUAGUUAUAAACCUCAAGAAUACCGAUGAAUAUGAUGACCCCGGAGGAAGUAGAAAUAAGAUUAAAGUUACCGCCGAGAAUUUUGAGGCAGAUAAGGGAGAGACAAGAGAACAAGGGCAGGAAGGUGUUGAGUAUAAGAAGUACACUCAUAAGGUUAAGGACAAGGCCCAUUUCAAACUUAACUAUCUUAGACACGGUGGAAAUAUACUUAAUGACAUCAAACCCACAGAAGUAUUGGCAGAGCUUUCAGCAUAUUACUGGGUUGGUGAUGCAGCCUUUGAUAAACCUCUGGUUGUCAUGUUAAAGGAAGAGAAAGCGUCUAACACUGAGUACAUGUACUAUGAGAGAAGCAAGAGUACCGAUAGAACUUGGCAAAAAAUUAGUGAGACUCAGAGAGGUGGUAAAGCCCAGGAAAUGAGGCCACAAGAACUCAAAAAACUUCUGGACAGACUAAAGGCAGAGUACUUUCCACCAUCAAAGAUCAAGGAAAUUGUAGGAGGAACAAUCGGCGGCGCAAUAGGAACAGGCGCUUUAGGAUUUGGUGGAUAUAAGCUAUGGCCAGUAUUAACAACACUAUUUUAA